GCCUCCAACCCGCCAGCGCCGCCCUCACAGUCUCCCCUCCUCCAUCCGCUCCUCCCUCGCCGCCUUCACCGCCCACCCACACCUCUCGUCUCUCACAUGACCGCGGCAGCCAUGGCCGACAGCAUGGAAGGCGUCGUCGCAGCGGCGGAGAAGCCCACGGCCGAGCAGACGGAGCAUCAGACCAUCGCCGACAUCCGCGCCAACUUUGCGCUGCUCGAGCGCGCCGUUGCCCAGUUCGACUCGCGCUUCGCGCUGCGCGCGCUGCGCUCCAUCUCGUCGCUCCGCACCCGCCUCACCGACCGCGUGCUGUGCUCCGUCAUCAUCCUGACCUACUCGCCCAACAAUGCCACGGCGCGCACCUUCAUCGAGUACAUCGGCAUGGACGGCGCCGCCAUCCAGAGCGUCGUCGCCCAGUACCGGGAGGAGGUGCAGGCAAACAAGUCCAGCGCCAAGGAGCCCAUCCCCGAGAUCGACGUCUACAUUGCCAUCCUGAUCCAGGUCUACCUGUACGAUCAGAAGGACCACGACGAGGGCGCCGAGUUUUCGGAGAAGCUGGUCGACAAGAUCCGCGACAUGAACCGCCGCACGCUCGACCCGCUGGGCGCAAAGGCCUACUUCUACUUCGCCCUCUUCACCGAGGAGAUGGACCCCAAGCCCCCGUCCAAGCAGUCGCCCGUCAUCGACAUCCGCGGCAAGCUGCUGGCCGCCAUGCGCAGUGCUGUUCUGCGCAAAGACCCCGACACCCAGGCCGCCGUCACCACGCUCCUCCUCCGUAACUACAUUUCGACCGCCGACAUUACACAAGCCGAUCUGCUCGUCGCCCAGACACAGUUCCCGCCCAACGCCCCAAACAACCAGGUCGCCAGGUACCUGUACUACCUUGGCCGCAUACGCGCCAUCCAGCUGUCCUACACCGAGGCGCACGAGCACCUCACCAGCGCCACACGCAAGGCGCCCUCUGGCAACGUGGCAACUGGCUUUUACCAGCAGGCCAUGAAGCUGUUGAUUGUCGUCGAGCUGCUCAUGGGCGACAUUCCCGACCGCGAUGUCUUCGGCCAGCCUCGCCUGGAGCGUGCUGUGGAGCCCUACUUCCGUCUGGUUCGCGCUGUCCGUGUCGGUGACCUGCAGGGCUUCCUAAAGGUCGUCCAGACACACUCCAAGGUCUUCCACAAGGACCAGACCUACACAUUGAUUCUCCGUCUGCGACAGAACGUCAUCAAGACCGGCAUCCGCAUGCUGUCGCUAUCGUACUCGCGCAUCUCCCUCCGCGACAUCUGCAUUCGUCUUGGCCUCGAGAGCGAGGAGUCGGCCGAGUACAUUGUCGCAAAGGCCAUCCGCGAUGGAGUGAUUGAGGCAUCCAUCGACCACGAGAAGGGGUUCAUGCAAACAAAGCAGGCAGGAGACAUCUACGCAACUCGCGAGCCCGGCGAGGCGUUCCACGACCGUAUCCGGGCUUGUCUGACGCUCCACGACGAGUGUGUCAAGGCCAUGCGCUACCCUAUGAACCAACACAGGCUGGAGCUGAAGAACGCUCAGGAGGCGAGGGAGCGUGAGCGCGAGCUGGCAAAGGAGAUUCAGGAGGGCGAUAUUGACGACGAUGAUGCGGGCGGUGACUUUGAUGGCUUGUGAAGCUGUAGAAGAGUAGCACGCAGAACUGGUGCUGUCUGGCAAGCAUGACACACGGGCCAAACGGUGACGCAAACACAGGUCACCCUAAUGAUGCACGAAUAGAAGAGCAUUGAUACGACCA